AUGGCUCCGUACGCGGACAAAGUGGUGAUCGUUACCGGGGGCUCCAAGGGCAUCGGCCGCGGGAUCGUCACCUCCUUCAUGGAAAGUGGCUCAAAAGUGGUGUUCUGCGCUCGAGGAAGUGCUGCAGGUGAGGCUCUGGAGGCGGAGCUUAACUCCAAAGGACCAGGAUGUUGUAUGUUCCUGAGCUGUGACAUGAGCAAAGAGGAGGAUGUACAGCGACUGGUGUCCUUCACAUUGGAACAGUUUGGACACAUAGACUGUUUGGUGAACAACGCAGGCUGGCAUCCUCCUCACAAACCCACAGACCAGACCAGCACCCAGGACCUCAGGGACCUCCUGGAGUUCAACCUCGUCAGCUACUUCCUCACCUCCAAGCUCUCUUUGCCGUCUCUGCGUCAGCGUCAGGGAAACAUCAUCAACGUGUCCAGCCUGGUGGCGUCCAUUGGACAAAAGGACGCCGUGCCCUACGUGGCAACCAAGGGGGCAAUCAUCUCCAUGACCAAAGCCAUGGCAGUGGACGAGAGCCGCUACGGAGUCCGAGUCAACAGUUUGUCUCCUGGAAACGUGAUGACACCGCUCUGGGCGGAGCUUGCUGCACAGACGCCAGACGCUGAGGCGGCGAUCCGAGAGGGAGAGAACAACCAGUUACUCGGCAGGAUGGGGACCCCUGCUGAGUGUGGAGCUGCUGCUGUGUUUCUCGCUGAAGCUACGUUUUGCACCGGGAUCGACCUCCUGCUGAGCGGGGGGGCGGAGCUAAACUAUGGAUACAAGAACACCACACCAUGA